AUGAAUGAUGAGGUGAAUCUGAAGGAAAGAAGAUCAGGACCAGCCGGACCACGUGGAGAGCCAGGAACCGAGUACAAACCAGGACAACCAGGGCGUCCAGGACCACCAGGACCACGUGGAGAGGCCGGACCAGCCGGACAACCAGGAGCACCAGGAAACGCUGGAGAGUCUGGAAAGCCAGGAAACGCUGGACGUCCAGGACCACCAGGACCACCAGGAAAGAACGGAACUCCAGGAACUCGUCAGGACCAGAUGCUGGAUACUGUCCAUGCCCAGCUCCAGCAUAAGCUUGUGCAGCAGGCGGAAUUCCAAGUUUUGAAAAGAGUCCCAUCAUUGAAGAGGAAGCAGUUGGAAGCCAACUAA